AUGCUUCUCAUCACCACAUCCAUCGAAAUCAACGCCCCGCCAGCUGCUGUUCGCGAAAAGUUCCUCGACUUCCCCUCCAUCCCAACAUACACAACCGGCUUUGUGGGCAGCAUAACACCCACGCCCGCCAAAGAUCCUCACACGCUCGUCCCAGGCGACAAGCUCGCCUGCGUAAUGGGCAACAUGAAUUUCGCCCCGGUGGUCGUGCGCAACGAGCCGACGAUUUUCUCCUGGCGCGGGUCGCUUCCGCUCGUUUUUACGGGGGAGCACAUCUUUCGCUUUGAGGAUGUCGAUGGGGGCACGAAGACGAGGCUCGUGCACGAGGAGAGCUUUACUGGAUUGCUGGCCGGGAUUAUGGGGGAAGGGUGGAUGGGGAGUCUGUCGGGCAUGAGAGGAGAUACGAUCAAGGGGUUUGAGGGGUUUAAUGUGGAUUUUAAGAGGUGGGUUGAGGGAAGUGGGAGUCAAUAA